ACAUUGUCUACUCUUGACCUGGUUAUUGCCAUACUUCCAUUUCUUUGGAUUGCCUAGACUCAAGACCCACAAGCUGGACAUCGCAACUCCAAAAUUUAGCCCACCCAAUUGACAUGGCGUCGCGCUGAGGAUGCACUUCGCCCCAUUGUUCUGCAAUCGACUAGUUGGUUCCAUUUCGACAGGCUGAACAGAAAUUCGCCAAUUACUCCGAAGUACGGAGUACAUCUUGCAGACAUGGAACUGCAGGGGGAGGAUUUCCACCAUCCGUAUACGCCGUAUGACAUCCAGCUGGAGUUUAUGCGCUCUCUCUAUUCCUGUCUGGAGGAUGACAAAGUAGCUAUAUUUGAAUCCCCUACUGGCACGGGCAAGUCACUGAGUUUGAUAUGCGGUGCUUUGACCUGGCUCCGAGAUCACAAACGCAGAGAAUACCAGGAAAAUCUAUCAAAUACAAAAUGCGACGACAACGAACCCGAGUGGAUGGUGGAAUAUGCGAAGCGCGAGUCGGGCCGUGCCAUUACGGAAAAGAUCAAAGAGCUGGAAUCCAGAUUAGCAAAGACAAAGCAGGAGGAGGAGCGGCAGAAAGCCGCACUGGAGAAUCCUGAAGGACCGCGGAAGAAGCAGAAAACUGCCGCGCAGUCCACUGGAUCUGACGACAGGUCGAGUGACGAUGAGUUUGCUCUGGAUGAUUACGACAGUGAAGGCGAAGAGCGAAGUACUACAGGCAAGGGUUCGGAAUCCGACCCCUUCAGUGGGCUCUCUUCCAGCACUUUAGAACUAUUGGAGCGUUUCAAGGGAAAAUACCCAACGGUAUCCAACGAUGAGGAGGAGGAGGACGGAGUACGGAUCUUCUAUUGCUCGAGGACACACUCUCAGUUGACACAAUUUGCAAAUGAAUUGCGCCGUGUCUCUAUACCCUCGAGUCUCCCGGAGGAGCUAAGUACUAAUGCCACAACCGGUGAAGCCAUCGAGGAACGCAUCAAACAUCUUUCCCUUGGGUCACGGAAAAAUCUGUGCAUAAACCCCCGAGUCCAGGCUUUGGAGAACCCAACGGCGAUCAAUGAGCGGUGCAUGGAGCUGCAGAAACCCGGAGCUGCGUCUCAACACAAGUGUGCUUUCUUGCCGUCAAAGGAGACUGAAUCACAGGUCGUCCACUUUCGCGACCAUGCCCUCGCAACAGUCAAAGACAUCGAGGACUUGGGUAAACUUGGAAAGAAAAUAGGGAUAUGCCCUUACUAUGCUUCCCGUUCGGUCAUCAACCACAGCGAGAUCAUAACUCUUCCAUAUCCGUUGCUUUUGCAACGAUCUGCCAGGGAAGCGCUCAAACUUUCGGUAAAGGGGCACGUUGUCAUCAUCGAUGAAGCCCAUAACCUCAUGGACGCCAUCUCCAGUAUUCAUUCAGUGACUGUCACGCUCUCCCAGCUACAGAGGUCUAUCUUCCAAUUGACGACUUACGCCAAGAAGUUCAAACUUCGUCUGAAAGGAAAAAACCGAAGCUACAUUGCUCAGGUUAUCCGACUGAUCAAUUCAAUUGCUGACCAUCUUCGGUCCAUUCUGGGAAGUAAGCAGCCACCAGAAGGAUCAGUCCGGGCCUCAGAUCUUAUGGCAGGCAAAGGUGCCGACCAAAUCAACCCGUACAAGUUGAGCCGGUACUUGCAAGAAAGCAAGCUGGCCAGGAAAGUCGACGGGUAUGUCGAACACACGGAGAAAACGGCAGCCACUCAAGCGAAUUCCAAACCGACAACCCCCGUUCUGUUUCACAUACAGAGUUUCCUGCUGCCGCUCAUGAAUCCUACCGAGGAAGGGCGACUGUUUUAUAAUAAAAACCAGGGAGACAUCCAAUUGACAUAUAUGCUCCUGGAUCCGACCAACCAUUUCCGUGAGAUCGUUGAUGAUGCUAAAGCUGUUAUCUUGGCUGGUGGAACAAUGUCUCCGAUGACCGAUUACAUGCAUCAUCUAUUUUCCUACGUGCCAUCAGAUCGACUCGGAACUUUCAGCUACGGCCAUGUUAUCCCAUCAGAGAACCUGAUCGUCCAUCCCCUGGCUAAGGGUGUUCUUGGAACCCAACUCGACUUUACCUACGAAGCCCGCAAUUCUGAGAGGCUGAUCGUCGACCUAGGGCGAACAAUAGCGUCGCUGUGCCAAGCCAUCCCGGAUGGUGUUGUUGCUUUCUUCCCUAGCUAUGAGUACCUCAAUCGCGUACUGAGCGUCUGGAAAAAGGCCACUCCAGGCCAAAGCAAGACCGUGUAUGACAUCAUCGAGAGGCAGAAGCCCAUCUUAUACGAGGGCCGAGAGACGACCGUCUCAACGGAGGAACUCCUCCAGGAAUAUGCAACGGCCAUUGAUACAGGCCGCGGUGCCUUGCUCCUGUCCGUAGUUGGCGGGAAACUAUCCGAAGGCAUCAACUUCUCCGACAAGCUGGGACGGGGUGUUCUGAUCAUCGGGCAGCCCUUUCCCAAUAUCCGCAGUGCCGUGUGGCAGGCCAAAAUCAAGCACGUUGAGCAAAAGGCCUACAAGCAGAGUGCGGGUUCAGAGGCCACCCGGCAGUCUACAGCUAAGAGCGCAGGGAGGGAGUUUUAUGAGAAUUCCUGCAUGCGAGCGGUGAACCAAUGUAUUGGCCGGGCGAUACGGCAUCGCAAUGACUAUGCUUCUAUUGUUCUGAUUGAUCAACGGUACGAGAAACCCAGUAUACAGGGCAAGCUGCCCGCAUGGAUUCAGCAGAGCAUACGACCAGCGGGGAACAUAGUCGGGAAUAUCUCCAGGUUUUUUGGUUCCCGCAGUAAAUAGUUGGACUUAGAGACAUAAACAGGCACUUAAUAAUUCUCUUAAAAGCAUGUUUUAUAACGAUGAGAUAGAAUGAUAGAUA